AUGUGGGCAGUCGACAGCGGUGCGACGCAUCACAUCUGCAACGACAAGGCCAAGUUUGCAAGCCUGAAUGAGCGAGAUGAAGGCGAACUAUCAGUGGCUGAUGGCAGCAAGGCUGCGAUCAAGUAUGUGGGAACCAUCAUGGAACGGGUGGUUCUGCCCAAUGGUGACGAACGCGACGUCGAGAUCAAGGACGCACUGUUCGUACCAAGUAUGAGCAAGAAUCUGCUUUCGGUGCCACAGAUCAACAAGGGUGGCAGGUUCCAAGUCGUGUUCGAUGGGUUCAAGAUGCAAGUGAAGCGCAAUAAUUCUACACAAGUCGUGGCAACAGCGGAUCUCGUCGAUGGACUUUACUGGCUGCGGACUCCUCAACGAUCGGCAAAUGCAGCAACACGCAAUGGGACUAUCGACUUGCAUGCGCGCAUGGGUCAUGCACCCCUCGAAGUUCUGCGCAAGAUGGUGGCCACUGGCAUGAUCAAGGACGCCAAGGCACCUCUCAACUCGACUGGUCCAAGUGUGUGUCGCGGUUGCCAGCAAGGAAAGAUGUUGCUGCACUUCGACAUCUGCGGGCCAAUGGAACAAGUCUCGAUCGGCGGCAGCAGAUACUUACUGCUUGUGGUUGAUGAAGCCAGCGGUUGCAUGAAGGGCUUCUGUCUGCGGUCCAAGUCUGAGAGUGAAGACUGUAUCAAGAACCACAUUAUCAAGAUUCAAACUCAGUUCGGCACGAAGAUCAAGUUUGUUCGGCACGAUGGAGCGCAUGAGUUUGCGACCAACUCGAUCAAGACCUUCUACGAAGAUCAUGGUAUCGAACAACAGGUCACGGUGCCGUAUGCACACCAGACCAACGGCACCGCAGAACGCGCGAUAAGGACCAUCGUCACGAUCGGACGCAGCUUGUUGCAUCAUGCAAAGCUGGAGAAGUGUUUCUGGGCUGAAGCGGCAAUGACGGCGAUCUACAUCAAGAACCGCCUGCCUUCACCCAAGAUCGACCCCAAGACUCCGUUCGAGAUCGUGUACAAGUCGAAACCAAGUGUCAAGCACAUGCGCGUGUUUGGAUGUCGGGCGUUUAUCCUGACACCAAGGGAGAAGAGAUUGAAGUGGGACCCGAAGGCUCGUGAAGGGAUGUUCAUGGGCUACGAAGAAGCGUCAAAAGCUUAUCGAGUGUACGACAUUGAGGCGGGCCAAGUGGUGAUCAGUCGUGACAUCACCUUCGACGAAUCGACUUUUGACUUUUCGAUGGACCGACCAAGUGACGAUGAUGAAGAUGCGGAGUUGGACCUCGACCUCCUGGCGAUCAACGAGGACGACGUGCGUCAAACCGUCUACAAGCAGACUGGCAAGCGCAAGAGUGAAGCAAGACUCGGCAUGUCACGUUCAGCUCGCCCUCGAACUGGGUUGGAACAAGCAAGUGCGCCGGAACACGUCUCCAACCGUCACCAGAAACGACGAUCAAGUGCUCCAGAAACGAUGUCUGAUGACGAAGAAGAUGCGAGCGACUACGAUCAAGAUGACGACUCGACGCCUCCAACAUUUUGGCGUGCAAGUGCAUACGCAGUGGAAGCAACGGACCUAGCAGAACCUGUGACUUUUCAAGACGCGAUCAAUGGUCCUGAUCAAGCUCACUGGAGAAAUGCUGUGAAGGCGGAACUCAAGUCGAUGCAUCUUCGUGGAGUUUUCCGUGCGGCAAAACUGCCAAGAGGCCAAGGCGCGAUCGGCACCAAGUGGGUGUUCACGAUCAAGCGCAAAGCGGAUGGAUCGGUCGAGAAAUACAAGGCGCGUCUCGUUUCCAAGGGCUUCAAGCAGAAGUACGGCAUCGACUACACAGAGACGUUCUCGCCCGUGGUCAAGUACGUGACACUGCGUAUGGUGAUCGCGAUCACCAAGUAUUUCGACUGGCCACUGGACCAACUCGAUGUGGUGACAGCCUUUCUCUACGGAGUGAUGAAGGAGAAGGUGUACUGCGUGAUACCAGAAGGCGUCGAGAUGGAUGGCGACUUCGACUGUCUCGAGUUGAACGAGACUUUCGACGAGUUCGUAUGCUUUAUCGGUUUCGAUGUGUCGGCGUUCGACCCAUGUCUCUACAUCAAGGUUGUCGACGGUCACUGUGUGCUCGUGCUGGUCUACGUGGAUGACGUGUUGGUCACCGGCAGCUCGCUCGAGUUGAUUGCGCAGACGAAGGCCGACCUCAAGACGCGUUUCGAGAUGACCGACAGUGGCAAGUGUACUUUUGUACUGGACAUCGAACUGGUGGACGAAUCGGAUGGCAGCAUGAUGAUGUGCCAGCGACGGUAUGUCAACGACAUCCUCAAGCGCUUCGGCAUGGAUGAGUGCAAGGCCACAGCAAGUCCGGUCAACUUGAGCAUUCGGCUUGUCGCAAGCAGCGAAGCGGCCAAGAUCGACGUUCCGUUUCGUGAAGCUGUGGGAGCUUUGAUGCACUUGACGACUGCGACGCGCCCGGACAUUGCGUAUGCUGUGGGGUACGUCUCGCGCUUCAUGGAGAAUCCGCAGCAAGAACAUUGGACGGCGGUGAAGCGCAUCUUUCGUUACUUGCAAGGGACAAAGUCGCACGGACUCCGCUUCCAGCCAAGCGACAAGAUCGACUUUCGUGGCUACUCGGACGCGGACUGGGCCGGCGACCAUGCUGAUCGCAAAUCAACUUCGGGUUACGCGUUCGUACUUCUCGGUGCACCCAUAAGUUGA